AGUGCUUUGUUUGUAAGAGUGGCUGCAGCAAUCACAUGACAGGAAACAUUAAUCUCUUCAUCAACCUGGACAAGUCAGUGAGCAAAAAGAUAACCAUGGGUGAUGGUACCAUACGAGAAGCACAAGGAAAAAGUACGGUUAAAUUGGAUGAACAUGGCAAGAAUUGUAUAGAUGAUGUCCUGUUCGUACCUCAUUUGGAUUCUAAUUUGCUAAGUGUGGGUCAGUUUAUGAUGGAUGGAUAUUCACUUGUUUUUGAAAAUAUGGCUUGCUAUGUUUACAAAGAUGGCACUAAAAAGGAGCUUUUAAUUAAAGUUCCAAUGGCAAAAAACAAGUGUUUUCCUUUAACUCUUGACUGUGAGUCUGCAUUGAAUGUCACUUUGCAUGAUGAAAAUUGGUUGUGGCAUCAUAGAUACGGGCAUAUGAAUUUGCAGGGGUUGGUACAUUUGUCAAAACAGAAUUUAGUGCUUGGUUUGCCUAUCAUUGAACAAGUUGAUGGUGUGUGUGAAAGCUGUGUCUAUGGUAAACAUCAUCGGGAUGCUUUUCCCAAAGGAAAGGCGAGAAGAGCUUUGAAACCUGCUGAGUUGACACAUGCAGAAGUUUGUGGGCCAAUGAAUACUUUGUCUCUCAACAAAAGCAGGUAUUUUAUUGUCUUUGUUGAUGAUUUUAGUAGACUGACAUGGGUUUACUUUGCUAAAGAAAAGUCAGAUGCCUUCCCAAUCUUUAAAAAAUUCAAAACUCUUGUUGAAAAGCAAAGUGGAUGUUCAAUCAAAGUUCUGCGGAUAGAUCAAGCCGAAAGGAAAAAUAGAAGCCUUGUGGAGAUGGCAAAAAGCAUGCUAAAAGCUAAAGGUCUUCCAAAUAGUUUCUGGGCAGAAGCAAUCUACACUGCAGCUUAUAUUCAGAAUCGCUGUCUCACAGUAGCUUUGCAUCAUCAAACUCCUUUCGAAGCUUGGCAUGGCUGGAAGCCCAAGGUAACUCACUUUAAAGUUUUCGGGUGUCUAGCUUAUGUUCAUGUUCCAUCUCAAAAAAGGACAAAAUUUGAGGAAAACAGUGUGAAGUGCAUUUUUCUUGGUUAUAGUGAUGAAACUAAAGGUUAUAGAUUUUAUGAUCCUAUCACCAAGAAGUUACUAAUCAGUCGUGAUGUGAUUUUUGAUGAGAAAAAUUCAUGGAAUUGGAAUGAAAAGAAAAGUCCAGGUUCUGUGGUGGUUAAUGGCAUUUUGGAGGAUGAUCCAGUCAUGACUGAAGGUGAAAUGGGUGAAGGUCAAAUUUCCUCUACACCUAACAGUGGCAGCAGAUCGUGUCCAUCAUCACCUAAGACACCUCCACCCCCAAGGAAGGCAAGGAGAGUAAAAUCCUUGGUGGAACUCUAUGAACAAACUCAAAGGUGUCAAAUGACACAUGUGGAGGAGCCUAGCUGUUUUGAGGAAGCAACGCAGAACAGAAAAUGGUGCAAAGCUAUGGAUGAGGGAAUAGAGGCCUUGGAAAGAAAUCAAACAUGGGAGCUUGUGGACUUGCCUAAAGACAACAAAGUUGUAAGUCUAAAGUGGGUAUACAAGACCAAGUACAAUUCUGAUGGGUCAAUUCAUCAACACAAGGCUAGAUUGGUUGCUAGAGGUUACAUGCAGCAAGAAGGUGUGGAUUUUGAUGAGACUUUUGCACCGGUUGCCAAGUUUGAUACUAUUCGAACUGUUUUAGCUUUAGCUGCUCAAUAUAAAUGGUCUGUUUUUCAAUUUGAUGUGAAGUCAGCCUUUUUGAAUGGAUUCUUAGAGGAAGAUGUGUAUGUACAGCAACCCCAGGGUUAUGAAAUUGAAGGACAGGAGCAGAAAGUGUACAAGUUGAAGAAAGCACUCUAUUGUCUGAAGCAAGCACCAAGGGCUUGGUAUGAAAGAAUUAAUGCUCAUUUUUGCAGCCAUGGAUUUCAUAAAAGUCCAAGUGAGCCUACUUUGUAUGUUCAGACAAGAGGUGGAGAUGAGGUACUGUUAGUGUGUCUUUAUGUUGAUGAUUUAAUAUACACUAGCAAUAGCUCUUUUUUGUUGAAAGAAUUUAGAAGAAUGAUGGUUAAUGAGUUUGACAUGACUGACCUGGGUUUAAUGAGAUAUUUUUUGGGGCUGGAAGUGGUUCAAAAUGGUGAGGGAAUUUUUAUUUCCCAAGAGAAAUAUGCUAAAGAUCUCCUUAAGAAGUGCAGAAUGGAAGAUUGCAACUCAGUGGGAACUCCAAUGGUUUCUAAUCAAAAGUUCAGUUUGGAUGAUGGAGAAGAAAAAGUUGAUGCUCGUGCCUAUCGCAGCCUUAUUGGGAGUCUUCUUUAUCUCACAAAAAGCAGGCCUGAUAUUGCUUUUGCCACUAGUGUGUUAUCUCAUUUUAUGCAAAGUCCAAGCAAGACACAUUAUGGAGCAGCGAGGAGGAUUCUAAGAUACUUGAAAGGGACAAUCUCUUUUGGCAUUUUAUAUGCCAAAAAUGACCAAUUUAAUUUAUUUGUGUACUCUGACAGUGAUUGGGCAGGUUGUGUUGAUGAUCGGCGUAGUACUUCAGGUUAUGCUUUCUUUUUGGGGUCCGGUGCUAUCUCUUGGAGUUCAAAGAAGCAAGCCUCCACAUCUUUGUCAUCUUCAGAAGCAGAAUAUAUCUCUUUAACAGCAGCAGCUUGUCAAGCCACAUGGACAAAAAGAAUUCUGGAGGAUAUGAAGCAAUUACAAGUGCAGCCAACAACAAUAUUUUGUGACAAUCAAUCGACCAUUGCGAUGACAAAAAAUCCAGUAUUCCAUAGUCGAACUCGUCACAUUGAGACUCGGCACCAUUUCAUAAGGGAGUUAGUGGCGAGUGGAGGCUUGGAAGUUGUUGAUCAAGUUGCUGACAUCUUUACGAAGCCACUUCCUUUGGAUAAGUUUAUCCACUUGAGGGAUUUGCUUGGAGUUUUAAAUUUCAGCAUUAAGGGGGAGCACGUUACAAUAUAAUGCUGAAAUGGGUUUUUUGCUUUGGUGUCAAUUUCUUUGCUUAGCUGUCAAUUUCUGGUUUACGUGUCUUCAAGAUAAAUUGCAGGAUUAGUUGAUUAUUUGACAGAGUCCAAGUUUGUUAUUUAGUCUUUACUUAGUGAAGUAUGGUUCCUUAUUUUUAGAGAUAAGAUUAGUUUCCUUUUUUCAGAUCAUGUAGUCAUCGUGUCCUUGUAUUGUGCAAUCUGUUGCUCUACAUUUUCUAUUUAAAUGGGCACAGAUCAGUUGAAUAAAUUCUCAAUUCAAUU